AUGAAUCUGAAUUACGAAUACAUUGCUGCUCAUAUCAGCGAUUAUAUUAAAAGUGAAAACUUCUUCGAUACAUUUGACAUCGAGGAUAUUAAACAAAUCAUGAAAUAUUCAAAUUUAACAUCAAAUCAAUACAUUACUCUUCUCAAACAAUCAUCUUCAGCUAUCAAGGCCAAAGAAUUAUAUAUGUGUACACGAAAUGCAAAUGUUACUAUCCAAAACAUGGAAGAAAUCGUUUCAACUCUGAAAUCUGUCAAAAAAUACAUGAAAUUCAAUAUAUUUGAUGGUAUCAUUGAUAUUUUGGAUCAAAAAGAAAAAGAAAUACCUCUUUCCACAGAAGAAAUUCAAAAACAUCAAUCAAAAAUAAAAGAAAUUCAAAAUCCAAGACAAAAUGCUGCCAAAGAAACAAAUGACAAUCAAACUAAUGAAAUUCAUACAGCAUGUGUUAAAGGAAAUCUCGGGCUUGUCAAAUCACACAUAGAAUGUAGGUGCAAUAAAGAAGCAAAGGAUGAUGAUGGAUAUACUCCACUCAUUGAGGCAUCAUCUAAUGGUGAACUUGAAGUUGUCAAAUAUCUUAUCUCUGUUGGAGCUGAUAAAGAAGCAAAGAAUAAAUAUGGAUGGACUCCGCUCAUUUGUGCAUCAAGAAAUGGUCAUCUUGAAGUUGUUAAAUAUCUUAUCUCUAAUGGAGCUGAUAAAGAAGCAAAGGAUAAAUAUGGAUAUACUCCACUCAUUGAAGCAUCAAUGGAUGGUCAUCUUGAACUAGUGAAAUAUUUUAUUUCUGUUGGAGCUGAUAAAGAAGCAAAGGAUAAUUAUGGAGAUACUCCACUCAUUAUAGCAUCAGAUAAUGGUCAUCUUGAAGUUGUUAAAUAUCUUAUCUCUGUUGGAGCUGAUAAAGAAGCAAAGAAUAAUAAUGGAUGGACUCCACUCAUUUAUGCAUCAAGAUUUGGUCAUCUUGAAGUUGUUAAAUAUCUUAUUUCUGUUGGAGCUGAUAAAGAAGCAAAGAAUAAUAAUGGAAAAACUCCACUCAUUUAUGCAUCAAGAUUUGGUCAUCUUGAAGUUGUUAAAUAUCUUAUCUCUGUUGGAGCUGAUAAAGAAGCAAAAGAUAAAGAAGGAAAAACUGUAUUCGAAGUUGCAAAAAAUAAUGUAAGAAACUACCUAAAAGUUUAA